CUGAGGUCCUUAUAUAUAGUACUGUAGAUAUUGUUUCUUUGCUCAUGGUAGCGCUCGGUGUCUGUCGGGCUACGAUAUGUUAUGCACUUGCUAUUAUCGGAGGAAGAAUAUAUUUUCACAGGGUAAGUUACUGAUACUUAGUUUUUAUAUCCAGAAGCUGAGCAUCGAUAUUUUAUACAAUGAACUUACCGAGAUCUGGGACAUUGUUGAACACCAAUCCGUUGUAAGCGUGCUCCCUGUAUAAGGAUAUAGUGUCACCGCAAACACCAGCAGGUGGCAC